UACCAACAUCAUCACCAUGUUUUGGAAUUGCCGGUUUGUUCUUCCCUAUGCGAGUUUUCGUAUUUUCCGAACUCGGUGAUAGACGGCUGAAGUUUUAUUUGGUUUUAUUCCAAUUUCCAAUUUGGUUACGAUGCUCCUUGCCCCUUUCCCCGAACGGACCACGUAAGAAUCGUCACGCACCAGACCAGGAGAUGGCGGACGACAAACAAAGGCGGUACGAAAAGAUCGAGUUCCUCGGCGAGGGCCAGUUCGCCACCGUCUACAAGGCCCGCGACACCGAGACCGGCGAAAUCGUCGCCGUCAAGAAGAUCAAGCUCGGCACGAGGGCCGAGGCCAAGGACGGCAUCAACCGCACGGCGCUGCGGGAGAUCAAGCUGCUCCAAGAACUCUCUCACGCCAACAUCAUCGGCCUGUACGACGUGUUCGGCCACCGCUCCAAUGUCUCCCUCGUGUUCGACUAUAUGCUCACAGACCUCGAGGCCAUCAUCAGGGACACGAGCAUCGUACUGACCGCAGGUCACAUCAAGUCGUACACGCUACAGACGCUCCAGGGACUCGAGUACCUACACCUCAACUGGAUCCUUCACCGGGACCUCAAGCCAAACAAUCUGCUCCUAGACGACCGGGGCAUCCUCAAGAUCGCCGAUUUCGGCCUGGCCAAGUUCUUCGGGUCACCGACCCGCGUCUACACGCACCAGGUGGUGACCCGCUGGUACCGGGCUCCUGAGCUGCUGUUCGGGUCGCGCAUCUACGGCACCGGCAUCGACAUCUGGGCCGUGGGCUGCAUCCUCGCGGAGCUGCUGCUGCGCGUCCCGUUCCUGCCGGGCGACUCGGACCUCGACCAGCUGAGUCGGAUCUUCCAGACACUGGGUACGCCCACGGAGAAGGACUGGGCCGGGAUGACGUCGCUGCCGGACUACGUGCAGUUUAGGACUUUCCCGGGCACACCGUUCCGGCACAUUUUCACGGCGGCCGGCGAUGACCUGCUCGACGUGAUCGGCAAGAUGCUCGCGCUCAACCCGCUGUCGAGGUGCUCGUGCGGUGAGGCCCUGCAGAUGCCGUACUUCAGCAACCGGCCCCCGCCGACCGAGGGCCCCAGCCUGCCGCUUCCGGCGUCGCUGACGCAAAAGAAGGAGGAACGCGGGACAAAGCGCAAGCACGCCGGGGACGAAACCAAGCUCGGAGUCAAGAAGCUGUCGUUUUGAAAGCGUCUAGGGAAUUGAGUGCGUCUCAAUGAGUUUGCUGCUAACUGUUUCUGGAGUUUGUGGUUGUGCAACAAAUUUGUCUUGUUACAGAGGGGAUGCACUGGAGGUGGAGCAGGUAACAACAGGAACCUCAAAGUUAAGAGGCUCUCGUUCUAAACGUGUCCAGGGAAUCAAUAUCCUACGGAGAAACUGGUGCCUUCUGUCAAAAAAUUGGGUUCGAGGAUUUCCAAGUAGGAAACUCGAAGAAAGAGGAGGUGUCAGCGGGAAGGGGAGGGGAGAAGCUUCUUUGUACUAGCUUGGGGGCGAAAACUAAGGCACAAAAGUGACGUUUCAAGGGCUCAAUCUUGUUCAUUGUAGCUCAAUGAAGCCAACGAGACCUAGCGCCAUCGCUCGAAAGAAUGUUCACGAAUCGCCCCUGCCACAAAAGCGCAGCAUCGUGCCAAAAAUAUCUCAAACUGGGAAUUUGGAAAAUUUUGGAUUAAGAAGGCCGGAAACUGCUUGCAGCUGACUGUAUCUGGAGCGUCACAUAUGGAGUGACUUUGCCUUGUUAUGGAGAGGAUGCAAAGAAGCUAGGGCAGCCCACAAUGCCAAGCCCAGGUCCAGAUGUCCAGAGAAGUUUGGAGUCGCAGUCCCUCUUGUUACCUAACCUAGUCUUGCUGGUCCGACGACUGGACGGUUGCCAAGUUGCCAGUAAUUGCUCUGUAUUUUUGUCGGACUGCAGCAGUGUUAAGCUUGGGGGACAGUGUGCAUAAGGUGCUUAAGGAAAUGUUGUGUUUUCUGGUGCACUGCCCAUUCGCAGACAACUGCCUUCCACCCUAUAUGAGUUUUGGGCCUUCUCUGUGGCCUAGCGGUUAUCAGCAGGCUGCAGAUACCUUUUUUUGCAUUUUUAGCAUGUGUUUAUUCAUCUCUUUUGUUUGUUGUUCUCAAGAAUAUGUACAGCAGAAAUCUUGGGCUUACCCCUACCAGAAUGAUGAAUUAUCACUUGCUUGUUAAAGUGGACAAUCUUAUGGUUAGUAUGCGAAGAGUUUUAUGCGUAUAAUACCAUCGUUCCUCGUGCACACUUAAUUACAGUUACUCCAAACCCCAGUUACCACUAUGUACUCCUGGACAACAUUCUGUGGCUAUGCAGUCAAAACUGUGGGCACACAUUCACACUCUUGAGCACCCAUGAAAGCUGUGCAUGCACACUUUUCACUUCUGAAAUAGCUCAAGUCGAAAGUCAAAAGUCUCUAUUUCUUACCGUUUGGAAAAGGGAGGCAGAGAAAAAAGCAACACAGUGUUGCUUGAUGAGCCUCUGCCCCCCCGCCUAUGGCAGCAGAGAAAAAAAAAAAUAUUUACUGAUAUACAUACAAAUGCACAGUCUCUACACCAAUAAAGAAAAUAAGUGAGCUAAAUUGUACAAUCGAUUUAUGCUUCCACUAUUCAGGAAUGUAUUUAAGAAAAUCGUGAACAAAAACAGAACGUACAUCCUUCCAGGUUCCACUCAAAAUAUUUAUAUUCAACUCACUGCAACAAUUUAAAAGGUGUGGUAGUAUAUAUCUCAGCAUUUGAUUUGCCAUAAUUGGUCCUGGAGUGCGGCAUUCCCCAAGCAUCUUCAGAACAAGUGUUGUCGACCAUUUCCUUGAACUGAAGAUUUUGAGAUCGAAAAAAGUAAACUGUUGUUACAAAAAUGACUUUUUAUAUGCAAGAGCUAGUUUGUAACUAUAGUGACUGGUAAUGUGCACAAUGUUAAUUUUUUUAAUCAAUGAUUUCGUUUGGCUGUCAUAGCUAGUAUGACAGCCAUACGAAAGCUGUCUGUAAGUAUAGUGUGGUAACCGUAGUGAAGCAUAACGAAGUUAGGGGCGACUUAACUGUGGUUAAAGGUACCUGUGUAACGAGGGUAUAAGCCCCAAAGCGUAGAUAAGCAAUGUGGUGAGACAAAUGAUUUCUUGCUUGAUGCUGCGGAAUGUGGCACUUUACUGCCGAGGUCAGUAAUAAGUAAUGUCUUCCAUUACGAUGUGAAUACAUAGCAUGUUGCCUUAUUCUUUAAAGCGUCUGAUGAAUACGUGCAACAGAUAAAUCUCAAACCACUAAUUUUUUUCUUUCUUUCUGUGUCUUUGCCUGAAGAGGAGCUGGAUUUCACCAGUGCUUCUCCCUCAAUGCCCUGCAGUUUCUAGCUUUUAAAAUUGACAUGCUUUAUGAUUGGGAAAGGUUUUCCAGAAGCCACGACGUUAUUCCAAAGAUGUAUAGGCAAGUGUUUUUUGUUAGAAAUAUGCUUUAAAGCAUCAUGAGAACUGAAAGAUUUGCAUGAUUUUCUUUAUUUCUUGUUAUCUGAUCUUCAACAUCUGCUCAAUGCCAUUGAGUCAAUGGCUUAGUCAGCCCCCCCUCCCUCCC